GAAUGAACUAGGAAGAACUUAGAAGAAGAGGAAGUGGAUAUUGGAUAAAGCUGCUAAGUUAGGCCAAUGAUUCUCUGCAGAGAAUGACUUAAAACGACACUCCCCCAACGUCGUUUCAUGGCUUCUCUGCCUUCUUCGGUUGCUGCUACUACACCAAUCAAUGGCGGCAACACUCCCAAUAAUCCCAAGCUCCAUUCCUCUGACCUCAGAACACACUCCUCAUCACUUUUUCCACCCACCCAAAACCCAAAGAAAAGGGUGUCAUCAGAUUCCAUUUCUAGUGACUUUCGUGAAGCACUUUCUGCCAUUAGAGAAGAUGCUUCUACUGAGUCAUCUUACUAUGUUGAUCUUUUGAGAGAAUGUAUUGAGAAGAAUUCAACUUCAGAUGCUGAAAUGGUUCAUGCCCAGAUCAUAAAAAGGGGGAUAAUUCAUAAAGAUGUGUUUGUUUCAACUUUUUUAGUUAAUGUUUAUGUUAAAUGUGGGAACUUGGGAAAUGCUCGUAAACUGUUUGAUAAUUUGCCUGUAAGAAAUGUUGUGGCUUGGACAACACUUAUGACUGGUUAUGUUAACAAUUCAGAGCCAGAGCUUGCUAUUAAAGUUUUUAGAGAUAUGUUGGAAGAGGGCUCUUAUCCCACUAAUUAUACUCUUGGGAUUGUUAUAAAUGCUUGUUCUUCAUUGCAGUGGAUCAAUAUGUGUGAGCAACUCCAUGGUUAUAUGAUCAAGUACCAUAUUGAUUUUGACACUAGUAUUGGUAACUCACUUUGUAGUUUAUAUGCAAAAUCUGGGCAUUUGAGUUCUGCUGUUAAAGUGUUUGAGAAUAUUAGAGAAAAGAAUGUGAUUUCAUGGACUGCCAUUAUAUCUGCUUUUAGUGAUAAUGGUGAUGCUGCAGGUGGUUUGGGAUAUUUCAUUCAGAUGCUUUCUGAGGAUAUUCAGCCUAAUGAGUUUACUCUUACUACUGUUUUGAGCCUUUGUUGUGUUAUGUUGUCUUUUGGUAUAGGAAGCCAGGUUCAUUCUUUGAGCAUCAAGCUUGGAUUUGAAUUGAAUUUGCGAGUUAAGAAUUCGAUCAUGUAUUUGUACUUAAAAACUGGUAGGAUUCAAGAGGCCGAAAGGCUUUUCGAUGGGAUGAAUGUCAACAGUUUGGUUACUUGGAACUUAAUGAUUUCUGGCCAUGCCCAAAUGAUGGAACAUGAAGGUUGUAAUCUUUCAGCAUAUGAAAGUGGAAACCAGGCACUAAACCUUUUCUCAAAAUUGAACCGCUCGGGGAUGAAACCUGAUCUGUUCACCUUCUCGAGUGUCUUAACUGUGUGUGGAAGUUUGGUGGCCUUAGAACAAGGGGAACAAGUUCAUGCUCAGACCAUUAAAUCUGGAUUUCUUUCGGAUGUAGUUGUUGGAACUGCACUCAUUAGCAUGUAUAAUAAAUGUGGAAGCAUUGAGAAAGCAAGUAAAGCUUUUGUUGAGAUGUCUAUAAGAACAUUGAUAUCAUGGACUUCAAUGAUUACAAGUUUGGCACAUCACGGUAGGACUCAGCAAGCGUUGCAGCUGUUCGAGGAUAUGAUACUCGCGGGAGUUAGACCGAACCAGAUCACUUUUGUCGGUGUUUUAUCAGCUUGUAGUCAUGCAGGAAUGGUUGAAGAAGCUCUUGGUUACUUUGAGAUGAUGAAAAAGCAAUACAAAAUUAAGCCAGUGAUGGAUCAUUACGCCUGCAUUGUUGGCAUGUUUGUGAGAUUGGGAAGAUUAGAUGAAGCUUUUGAUUUCAUCAAGAAGAUGGAUUUCGAACCCAGUGAGUUUAUAUGGUCAACUUUGGUUGCAGGGUGCAGAAGUCAUGGAAAUAUGGAACUGGGAUUUUAUGCUGCUGAACAGUUACUGAAGCUUAAUCCGAAACACACCGAGACUUAUGGCUUGUUGUUGAACAUGUACUGCGCCGAGAAAAGAUGGAAAGAUGUUUCCAAGGUGAAGAAAAUGAUGAAAGAAGAGAGAAUUGAAAAAGUAAAGGAUUGGAGCUGGAUAAGUAUUAAGGACAAAGUUUAUUCAUUUAAAGCUGAUGACAAGUCUGAUCAUCAUAGUGAAGAUUUCCACAAAUUUUUGGUGAAUUUGACUGACCAAGCUAAGAGUUUGGGAUAUGAAUCACUGAAAGAUUUGGAGGUAACAGAUGAGGAAGAAGUAGAGGAAUCAUCAUCAUCCUCUUCUACCACUUAUCAUAGUGAGAAGUUAGCACUUGCAUUUGGGUUAUUGAACACACCGAGUUCCGCACCGAUAAGAGUGAUCAAGAACUUCAUAAUGUGCAGAGAUUGUCAUAAUUUUAUUAAGACUGUUUCAGUACAUACAGGUAGAGAAAUAACCAUAAGAGAUAGCAGAAGCCUUCACAAAAUUGUCAAUGGGAAAUGUUCAUGUGGUGAUUUUUGGUAGUCUUCUGUGAUAACCUUUGUUAUGAUUCUUUGUAUACUUGCUCUUUUGGCUGGUAAAUAAUCAAAAAAAAAAAAAAAAAAAAAAAAGCUCUGAUUUUUAGUGUUCUUACA